AUGUUCAGCAGCAAGCGCAAGAAGGUGGCGGACCUGGACGAGGUGGAGGACUUCCUCUACGAAUUCCUCGGUGACAAGCUGAGGGUGGAGGCCGAAGACGGAUCCGUCGAGGAGGUGUCCGACAUUCUCAUCGACCUGUACGACUCGAUCUACAAGGACGCCAACAUCGCGCCCUUUGAGAAGCUGGAGAAGGACUGGAUGGCCAAGCAGGCCAAGAUCGCCAAGACGGAGAGGCCGCGUCGAGAGCGGUCUUCCUCUUCAACUUCUUCCUCCUCGGCAGCCGGUACGACGCCCACGCCCACGCCCACGCAGGAGGUGGAGAUGACGGAGGCCUCCGCCCCGGAAAGCAAGGUGGACGCAGAUGGGUGGGAGACGGUGAACCACAAGAAGAAGAGAAGAUAG